AUGAACUACACACAAGAAUAUGACAUGGCUGAGCGUCGCCUGCGCCAUGAGAUGCGCGAAAAGGCGACAACGCGCGACACAUUCUUUGGCAUCAAGGCCGAGCCGCAAAGACCAACGUCGGUGGCGACCGAGUUCAUGGACAUGGAAUGGGACGACGGCGUGCUCAGCGAGUUUGAAGACAACUCUCCUCGGAUCAGUGUCAACUCAUCUAGCGGUCAACCAAGUAUCACAACACUCUCAUCCUAUGACGAGGUACAGACGCCGAGGUCAAGUCAGGGACGGAUGAUGUAUGCGACGGAGAUGGAGUCACCAAACAAGAACAUUGAGGGUCCUUCUGGCCCGCACCUGUUCCGUACUUCCACGGCCAGCUACUUUGACGAAGCCAUCCUGACGCUGUCCCCGGUGACACCAAAGACAGCGCGGCCUUUUGAUGAGCCCUUCAGACACAUCAGACCGCAGCAGCCGCCGGUGCCCCAAUCUAGACACCAGAGUGGGCCUUUCCAAUUCACGUAUGAAGAGUUCGAGUCGAGGGAGCUUGUUUCGUGGACACCAGAGAUGGUUGCGCAAUCGAUGCUCAAUGCUGGCAUUGAGCUCUCGGUAGCCGGCCGCUUCGUCGAGAACGAUAUCAACGGACCUAUUCUAAUCACGUUGAAAUUCGAGGAUCUGAAGGAGUUGGAUAUUCCGUCAUUUGGCAUGAGGACGCGCGUUUGGAACCAGAUUCAAGUCCUGAGAGACAGCAGGCCAAGCUCGCCCCGCGCUCCUACACCAAUCCAGGACGAGCCGAGCCGCGAAGUGAAGAAGGAGACUCGCGAAGUCCGAGCGGCGGAAAGGCAGGCGGACGACUGCGGAAUGAAGAGGAGUAAGAGCAGCAGACGGCGGCCCAAGAAGCCGUCGCAUGACGACAUCAUCACUCCCAUGGAGUCGGUAUCCAUCGUCGGCAUCGAGCAGGUCGUCCCCAAGCCGCAUCAGUGUCCAAAGGGCGAGAACUGCUCCAAGUGGAGGAAACAGCAGCGUCUCAUCGAGGCCUUCAAAAAGGAGCACCCCUUUGUCGACCUUGAGACGGAGCAGGUCGUCAUCACCGGGAACCCCGGCAACCCGCACACGGCCAGAGCCCUUGACCCUACGCAGAUUCUCAGACCCAUCUCGGACGCCGUCCCAUCGGUGGUGGCUUCUUCCGACGUGCUGGGACCGGGCAACGCCACCCCCCUGCAAUACCUGCAGGAGGCUGCUCUCCGCAACGUCGUCGCGCGAGAUCCGCAAGACAAUGUGCGCCAGUUCCUCGACUUCCAGAAGCAAGAGGAUACCACGGUGCCCCCUACGCCUCCCUUCGAGAUGGGCUUUCCCGCUAUGAAGGCUCAACCCGAACGUCUUCGUCACCUCCCGAAGCUGUCCAUCCCGGGCAAGCAGGCGCCUCGCGCAAGCCCUCUCAGAGCCUCAACGGUCCCUGCACCUUCCCAGCCGGAGCCGCUUUCGAUACCCCCUUACCAGCAGCAAGGCUUCGUCCCCUACCACAUGGAUAGGGCAGAAGCCAUGUCGCCGGAUCUGCAGAGCCCGGUCAACAACCCCUACCGCUUCGGUACUCCCUUCUCUGAGAUGGACGUCCCCGUCACCGCCGUGCCGAUGGACCGCAUCGCGCGCGACGUCUCCCAGUCCGUUCCCCCCGAGAUGAACUACCGUCCCGGCGUCACCAAGCAGCAGCCGCCCCUUUCCCGCACCCAAUCCCGCUCCUCUGCCCGCCGCCCCUCGUUCCCCGUCCUCCCCGCCCUGAACGAGAACACCGCAACUCCCAUUGCCCGCACGUCUCCCAGGCAUACUUCCCCUCGCACCUCCGUCCGUCCCCAGCAGCAGCAGCAGCAUCAAGUACAACCUCUCCAAGCCCCUCCCCGUGUGAACUACCCCUGGUCCCCCAUCGAGCGCACAACGCCGUUUGAGCAAGCCAUUCCCCCAAUCUCCCACCUCGCGGCCGCCCUCCCUGUCAAGCAGGCUGCCGAGGCGGCCCAGCAAGACGGCGUGACCUUCCAAGGGCCCAUGAAGAAGCGCAAGACAAAGAUGCUCCGCCACGAGUGGAACGACACCUUUUGCACCCUCAAGGGCACCCGCCUGGCGGUCCACAAGGAUGCAAAGACAAUUGACCGCACGCUCGAGUACGUCGACGUCGACGACUACGCUAUUGCGUGCUCCAGCCUCGCGUCGCAGAGCAAGCUCACGGCCGCCUUCAAGGCCGUCCACUUCUCGUCGUCGCACAGCCGCGAAAAGAGCGACCCCAUUGCUGCGUUUAGCUUCCAGCUCAUUCCCCAGGAUAAAGACAAGGAGUCUGCGGGUGCGAAGCUGCGCAAACGCAGCAGCGCGCUGCACGGGUUUGGUCAUGGGCACUCGUCGAGCUCGGGGUCGAUCCCGGCCGAAGGCGCCAACGGCACGGGCAAGACGCAUCACUUUGCUGUCAAGAGCCGCGACGACCGCAUCGAUUGGAUGCGGGAGUUGAUGCUUGCAAAGGCGCUGAAGCAGAAGGGUGAUGGGUUCGAGGUCAGUGUCAAUGGCAACAUGAUCUAG